AGGCGAGACCAGCCGGCCUUCCGAGGUGAGCGAUGGCACGGGGCCUCGGCCGCUAACUCUCUCUGAGAGCCCAGGCCGCUGCCGAGGGUAGCGCGUGGCUCGGCUCCUGCCGGGGCCAGCGGUUUAUCUUCGGGGUCUGAGGGCGGGGGCGGGGCUGCCCGGACCCCCGACUGCGCCUGCGCGCGCGCUCGCUAGCUCCCGGGUUCUCCUAUCUCUGUGCUUGGAACGUGGAGGUGAGGCUGGGACUGUUUGCAUGAUGUCCUGGACGUUUUGGAAAAAUGGAGUUGAAUGGUCUGCAGCAAGAAUGUGGAAAACUUAUAACAAAGAAAACAAAAACUCAAGGAAUAUCUGUUAAUACGAAAAACAGUGUUUCCAUACAAACAAGAAAAUCAGAUAUCCAGAGAUCAGAAAAUGAUAACAUCUGAGGAUCGGGUCCAAGAAGGGAAAAAAGUUGUGAAACUCAAAACAGAAGUGGCUGAUAAAGAAAAUAUUGAAAGUACAGUUGAGAAAAACUGCAUUCCAUUAAAAGCUGGAGAAGUAACCAGCUCAGAAAUACAUAAUUCAAAGGAUAAUGUUCAAGCUGUGCAGUUAUUAUCUACAAGAGAUGAUUUGCCAGGUCAGACUGUGACAUUAGACCCGGCAUGUCACCAUAAAGACAAUAAAAAGAUGCAAAUGACUGCAGAGAAGCCCAAACAAGACAGUAAUGUGUCUAAAAAGCGAGUGCUUGGCUAUUAUCAUGGCCAGAUUGUUCAGUCUAAGAUUAAUUCAUUUAGAAAGCUUCCCAGUGUCAAAGGCGAGAGUCUUACAACAACCAAGAAACUUCCCACUACUGUGUCUAAAGCCAUGAAGGCUCAGAGUGAGCCUGCGAACACCGUCAGCGUAAAAGCCUCAACUACAGCUGCUGCCACCAAGUUUGCAGACGCUAAACCUGUGAGCACUGCGUCGAAGGACACACUUGUGCGACCACCUAUCCGAAGCCUCCACAGUAGUUCCCACGGAGCUGCGAAACAGGGCCUCAGCAGGCCGCUUGCCAAUGUUACAGUCAGAAAAGGGAUGCUUGACAAGGAGUCACAUCGAUCAGAACCAGUUGUGUCCGUUGUCAAAGCCGGUUCUUCUCAGGCCCCAUCAAGAAGCAUAGCAUCUAAAGAUGCAGCCAGGACUGAUUCGUCUAAUACCAGACUGAUGGUAAAGCCAAAAGAUACUGACCAGCGCAGAUACACGAUUGCAGGAGCAAGUGUUCAUAGAUCAGCUCAGCUCAAGGACACCACCGCAGAGAGGAAAGCUCAGAUGACGGAGUGGAGAACUGGCAAAGGAAAGGGGCUAAAACGACCUCCUCAUUCAGUAGUCACCCAGGCUGAGCCAAAGGGACAAAGUGAAAACCCAGUUGGGUCCUUUUGGACUACCAUGGCAGAAGAAGAUGAGCAGAGAUUAUUUACUGAAAAAGUAAACAAAACUAUUUCUGAAUGCCUGAACCUUAUUAAUGAGGGAUGCCCAAAAGAAGAAAUUUUGGCUACAUUGAAUGACCUGAUUCAUAAUAUUCCAGAUGCCAAAAAACUUGUUAAAUAUUGGAUAUGUCUUGUACGUAUUGAACCAAUCACAAGUCCUAUUGAAAAUAUUAUCUCAAUCUAUGAGAAGGCCAUCCUGGCAGGGGCUCAGCCUAUUGAAGAGAUGCGUCAUAUAAUCAUAGAUAUUCUAACAACGAAGAGUCAAGAAAAAGUCAAUUUGGGAGAAAAUAUUGAGGAGGCUCAUGCAACCAAGGAACCUAUCCAAGAAGUAAAUGCUGAUGCUAAUGUAGGGUCAGGAAAACCAGGAGAGGAGAAUGAACAUCAUGGCAAAGUUGAGGUGUAUGAAGAUGAUCAAGACAACAAAAUAAAAGAUCCGGAUUUAACAACUCCGGACUCAAAAACUGAAGCAGGUUGCAUAAUUCGAUAUAAUGUAUCUUCUACACCUCGGCUGCAAAGUAUGAAAAAGAUGCAACAUGAUAAAAAUUCCACACUUAAAGAGCUAAAGUUCCUGACACCAGUGAGACGCUCACGGCGCAUUCAAGACAAGACUUCACGACUGCCAGCCAUGUUAAAAGACCACGACCCUUCUGUGUCUUCCCUGGAGCAGUUGUCUGAGUUGGGAGGGGAUGCCUUUGUCUGCCGCCCUAAUGCAGCACUGUGCCCUCUGUUCUUUGAGACCGACGUAGCGGAAGAGGAAUAGGAGUCCCGAGUCCUGAGCAGUUAUGGUUGUGUUACUCCUGUGGCCCUGCAUGUGUACAACUUUAUCGUAGGUCUGAAGUUGUCCGCAUGCCUAAGUAUGGUACAGGUAAACUCCACUAGCUUGUUUGUUGUGUUUUUAAAAUAUAAUGUUGGCUGCUUCACUUUACUAAUUACUUACAGUUAAAGAAACAAAAUCAGAAAAUGUAGUCUAUAUAAAUUUAUAUUUUUACGUUGACUUUGUUCCUAAUACGUUUAUAAUAAAUAUAUAUGUAUAAUGUUCCAAUGACAUUUCAUUGAUUGACUUAUUUGAUGAUGGAAUUGACUUUAGGACCCUACUGUGGGGCUAUAGUUAGCUGCCUAUGGCAUUUAUUUCAACAAAUAUGUUCUGGGGUCUCAGGAUGUGCCCCCAGAAGAGUGCUUGCCUAAUGUGCAAGGCUCUGAAUUCAGUCCUUAGCACCACAAGAAAAACUGCUUUGUAAAAUGUCAUUUAACCACAGUAACCAAAUUUAAACUUAGUUUUUGAAGUAUAUUGCUAAGUUUGUAUUACUUUUAGUUGUGAUAAAAUAUACCUGACAGAAA